AUGUUCCAUGUUUCUUUUAGGUAUAUCUUUGGAAUUCCUCCCCUGAUCCUUGUUCUGUUGCCAGUAGCAUCAUCUGAUUGUGAUAUUAGCGGUAAAGACGGUGGAGCAUAUCAGAAUGUUCUAAUGGUCAGCAUCGAUGACUUGGACAACAUGAUAAACUUUGAUAGCAAUUGCCUGAAUAACGAACCUAACUUUUUUAAAAAACAUUCAUGUGAUGAUAAUAAGGAAGCUUCAUUUUUAAAUCGUGCUGCUCGAAAGUUGAAGCAAUUCCUUAAAAUGAAUAUCAGUGACGAUUUCAAGCUUCACCUAUCAACAGUUUCACAGGGCACACUGACACUGCUGAACUGCACCAGCAAGGGUAAAGGAAGAAAACCACCUUCCCUGGGUGAAGCUCAACCCACUAAGAAUUUGGAAGAGAAUAAAUCUUUAAAGGAACAGAGAAAACAGAAUGACCUGUGUUUCCUAAAGAUACUACUACAAAAGAUAAAAACUUGUUGGAAUAAAAUUUUGAGGGGCAUUACAGAACAUUGA